AGACGCCGGAGUCGGGUCAGGUGACAGCGCGGUGCCCAUUGACGUUGCACGGUCGUUGGCCGGGUGACGGUGGGUGCUGCUGAUGGCGCGACACGUUUUCCUGACGGGCCCGCCAGGUAUUGGUAAAACAACCUUAAUUCACAAAACCAUAGAUGUCUUGAAAUCUUCUGGGGUUCCAAUUGAUGGAUUUUAUACUGAAGAAGUCAGGAGAAAUGGAAGAAGAAUUGGAUUUGAUGUUGUUACUGUAUCUGGUAAGCGAGGAACUUUGUCCAGAACUAGGGAUGAUACAGGUACUUUGAGCAGUGGAAGACGUGAGUACAGAGUUGGUCAAUAUGUAGUAGAUAUUUCGUCUUUUGAGUGCCUGGCUCUCCCACUUCUCACAAAAGUUAAUGGCAAAGAUGACAACGAGAAAAUGGUGUAUGUUAUAGAUGAGAUAGGGAAAAUGGAGCUCUUUAGUCAAUCCUUUAUCCAGGGUGUACGUCAAAUCCUAGAUGGAACAGGUGCCACUAUACUCGGAACUAUUCCUGUCCCUAAGGGAAAACCUUUGGGACUUGUGGAAGAAAUCAGAAGCAGAAGGGAUGUUAAAAUAUUCAAUAUUACGAACGAUAAUAGGAACAGUAUUGUUAAAGAGAUUAUUGCAACGGUGCAAGACUGCAGAAAGUUGAAUGGAGACUGAAGUGCUAUCAAGAAUCGGAGAUUUGGAUUGUGAUAAUUAUAGGAUGUAUGUGCUCUGUGAACAGCACAGGUGUUGAUGAGCCUGACUUUUGUUUUAUGCUUUAGAUAUUUUUGUUUUUUCAAAGCAACCUUCAGUAAUGAUUAUGGAUUUCAAAUACUUCAACUUGCUCUUUCAGCUUCCAAGGUAAUAUGAUAAUUUGCUCUUGUAUAUAAAAGUGGUUUAUGUGUGUGUUUAAUUUUGCACUGAAUACUUUGGAGAAUGUGUGGCAUUUGCUUUGUUUACCAUUAUGCAUGUAUAGUGAAGGAUCACUAAAAGUGUGCUGAAUAUAUUUGUGGGGGAGCAUUGCUGGUGCUUCAACAAGAAAUGAAGAUGUUCUAAAUGUUAGAACAUUUGUUUUCAGUAUUUCAGGUAAUGAUUUUUGUCUUGGUAAUGAAAUUUGUUUAACUCCAAACUUAACAGAAGAGAUACUGCUACUGUUUGAAUGCUGUAUUAAGGUUGCUCCCUCCAUCCAAUCUUCUUGAAUAAAUUCCUCUAAGUAGUUUGAGUUAUUGAUUUAAAAUAUCUUUUUGAUUCUGCAUAUCUAUUGGUGUUGCUUUGUUAAUCUAUUGAAACUCCUAAUCCUAUAAGACAAAAGCAAACCAAAAAUCACUCUCUUUAAUUGUUCUGUAAAUUAUCCAUGCUGUGAUUGUUAUAUGGUUAUAUGGUAAAUGUUGCUAUUUAGUAAAAUUCCAAAGCUUCAUAUUUUUAUACUUGGAUAAAAUUGCAAAAAAAAUUGUGUUGUUAUAACAUCAUCAAACCCUAGGCAUUGGUCAAGAGAGCUGAUUAGAAUAUAAUAUUGAUUAGAAUAUAAUAUAUUAGGAAUAAGCCCUUUGGCUGGUGUGCCAAACUAAUUAAACUAAUGGCAUCUAAUUGUUUCUACCUGUACAUGGUCCAUAUCCUUUCAGUCUCACCAUACUCAUGUGCCUAUAUAAGAGCCUCUUAAAUUCCUUUUUCAUGACACUCUACAACGGUCCAGUGGUUCACUAGCACCAGACUAUCUGCCAUCAAGGAGAUAUAUACAGAAAGGUGUCAGAAAAGGGCCAGUAACAUCAUGAAGGAUCCCACCCACCCUGCUUAUGGACUGUUUAUCCCUCUCCCAACAGGGAAGAGGCUACUCAGCUUCCAUGCUAGGACCACCAGACUCUAAAACGGUUACUUCCCCAGGCAGUAAGGCUGUUCAACACCUC